AUGCCUUCCAUACUCCUUACAACACACCUGCACUUCCAGGACAUUAAGAACAAAGAAUUGCUUAAUGGGUUACCCACAUACAUUAAAGCAGAUAGAAAAAGUAUUGAUUUUAAAGUGAAGAAAAUGGUGGUGGAGGGCCGUGCAGUAGUACAGCUGGCCAUAUGGGACACAGCAGGACAGGAGCGUUUCAGAGCACUGACUCCCAGUUACUACAGAGCAGCUCAAGGAGUUGUUUUAGUGUAUGAUGUUACAAGAAAAGACACUUUCACAGGACUAGGAGGAUGGCUGAGUGAGCUGGAAAUGUACACCACCAACAGCAACACUGUGAAGAUGUUGGUUGGCAAUAAAAUCGAUAAGCCUGACCGUGAAGUAGAGAGGAAAGAAGGGCUCCAGCUUGCUAGGAAACACUCACUGCUUUUUAUAGAGACCAGUGCCAAGACAGAGGACGGAGUGCAAUUUGCCUUUGAGGAACUGGUCCUAAAGAUCCUGCAGACUCCAGAUCUCUGGGAUGAGAGCACAGGGAAGAAGGGAGUCCAGCUCAGGGAAUCUUCAGCACAGCAGAGUAAAGGGUUAUGUGCUGCCUCCUGUGCACUUACUUAAAUGUGCAGGUGGCUGUUCUGCCUGACUGGAGGGGACUUGAAAAGAAAAAGGGGUGAGGCUGGAAUUCCAAGCACCAAUCUGUGCCAUGUUUGAUGUGCAUCAGUUGUGCAGAUCCAAAACAUGAACUCAUUAGCAAAAUAAAUUUUUAUUCAUUAAUAAAAACCAGUUUCUCCUUCCCUUUUGCACAGCUGCUGUCUGCAGGUAUUUUUCUGGUAGCUCUGAGAUUUUUCACUAUUAAAUCAUAGUGCUGCUUAGAGUAUUGUGGUCUUGCUGUCCAUUCAACAUGGACUUCUGCUGGAAUUCCUGCCUUGGCAUAAAUAAGGUGCUGUUCAGUUCUGGAAUAUUAUUGAGAAGCUUCUCUUCCCUGGGAAGGCAUGGGAGGCUUUUAGGCACCCGUUACCUUAAUGCAGUUCCUCACCAGGAGUGAGUAACUCACCCCGAGCAGUGCAUAGUUUCCUGAUUUUGCAUGCUUUUAAAAAGUCAAAAUUGCUCCAUGACCCCAGACAGUAAACUGAGUUACCAGCUAACUUUAAGGUUGCCAUGAAGAGGAUGUAUCUUUUCACACUUGUCAGGAAAAGCCCCCCCUUCCCCUGCAGGACACUGCAGGUGCCCCUGUGCUGUUCCCUUUGCACUGAGGAUCAGGUAUGAAAUGCUCUCCUCAUGGCAGUCCUCACUUUGGGCUGCCUCACACCAUGGCUGUGGUUUUGCAGUCACUGUGGUUCUCUGCAAACCCUCCUCCUCUUCCAGCAACCACAGUGAUAAAUUUCAUUUUCAAUUUCAUAGAAAAUGUGCUGCCUGUGGGACUUUCCACUAGGGUGAGUGUGAGUCUGUCUGUCACCAAUCCCACAAUGAAGUUACCUUUUUGUCUUUUACACUUUCAAUGACAAUACUGUAUUUUGUUAACUUACA